AUGUCGCCCACACCGAGCAGAAGCCCCAACCCGUCCCCAGAGCCAUCUCCCGAUGCGCCUGUACAGCCCGUCGAAGGCACUGCAGACGUCGCGGAGGAGCCAGCGGCCUCCACCUCCGCCUCUGCCGCGUCUUCUGUUCUCCAGGACACACCCGCCUCGGGUGCAUCGACACCAGAACCCACAGCAGACGGCGCCUCCGCCUCCGCAGCUGCCUCUGCUGUGGCGUCCGCAGGCGACUGGCAAGCCAUCUGGUCGCCGCAAUACAACGCCUACUACUUCUUCAACAGCAAGACGCAACAAACGACCUGGGAGAACCCUCUCCAGCCCUCUACCCCAUCGGACCCCUCCUCUUCCACCAGCACUGCCACCACCACCACCACCACCCCCGUCGACCCUUCAUCCUCUACGAGUCCCGCUUCUGCGCCGAUAACGCCCGCGCCUGCCGUAGCAUCGCUCUACGCGCUGCAAGAAGCCGCUGCGGCCCAGGGCAUCGACCCGUCCCUGGCGUACCUCGACCCGUCACUCGCAGGGCCCUCGGGCAGCGCCCCCGGCGGGUCCUUCGUCGCAAAGUUCAACGCGCGCACGGGCGCGUUUGCGCGCGCGGACGCCCGUGCGCCGGCGCACCUGAGCGAGUACGAGCGCGCGAAGCGCAUGAGCGAGGUCUACUUCGACGUCGGCGCGUGGGAGCAAGAGGUCGAGCAGCGCAAGCAGGCGGAGGAGGAGGAGGGCGGGCGCAAGCGCAAGCGCCCGAGCAAGAAGGAUCUUGAACGGUUCAAAGAGCAGAAGAAACAGAAGAAGAUCGCCAAGACGGCAUGGCUACGUACAUAG